UCACCACCAAGCCCUCAACCACAACGAACCGUUUCUUCGACUUUCUCCGCGCUUUGUUUUGCUUUGCUUUACUUUGCUCUCCAGUCAGCCCAAUCUUCUUCUUCUCCCACUUUUCCCGUCUUCCUCGUCGCUACUCUCCACUUCUUUCCGUCGGCGGCGCAGUUUCCAGUUUCUGAACUGGAAUCUUUUGCGAUCUCUUCGUUGGGACUUCGGAUCCAUCUCGCUUCCUCGCCAAGGUUUUUCUUCCUUGUACUUCUCCAGUGAUUCCUGAAAUUUUUUGCCCGGCAGCGCAGCGCGCGCCUCUUGGGGCUCCUGAUCCCUGCUUCUGGGCUGCGAUGGGCAACGCCUGCGGCUCUACGCCUGCGACCGACACGAGAGGUGGGAUCGAGUUGAGGGGCAGCAGGAGGGGGACGAGGGCACGGUCGCAGCGGAAGAUGACGGCAUCGGAAGAGGAGUUGUUGCACCGCCAGGCCCUGGCAAUCGCCAUACAGCAGACUCAGUUGUCGCAACGCUUUGAAGGUUCCAUGUCGCGGAGGAUUGGGUCCACGAGUUCACGGCGGAGGGAGCUCCCUGAUUCGCUCGCUAACGCGAAGCCGCUGCCACUUCAACUUGAGCAUCUUGAAACUAAGAAAAUUAUUCUAGUCCAUGGAGAAGGUUUUGGAGCUUGGUGUUGGUAUAAGACUAUCUCACUUUUGGAGGAAGUAGGGUUGGAUCCAAUCGCAUUGGAUCUCAGAGGCUCUGGGAUAGAUAACACAGAUCCGAACACAAUAACAAAUUUAGCAGAUUAUUCAAAGCCUUUAACUGAUUAUCUUCAGAGCAUCCCAGAUGAUGAAAAGGUCAUAUUGGUAGGCCAUAGCUGUGGAGGCGCUAGCGUAUCUUAUGCAAUGGAGUGUCAUCCAAAAAAGAUAUCGAAGGCGAUAUUCCUUUCUGCAACAAUGGUAUUGGAUGGACAGAAACCAUUUGAUGUACUCUCCGACGAAUUAGCAUAUGCUGACUUUUUCCUAAAAGAGUCACAGUUUCUAGUUUAUGGAAAUGGAAGAGACAAACCUCCUACAGGACUUAUUUUUGACAAACAACAGAUCAAGGGACUCUAUUUCAACCAAAGUCCUCUCAAGGAUAUAGCUUUGGCUGCAGCUUCGAUGCGGUCGAUCCCACUGUCACCUAUCAUGGAGAAGUUAUCUCUUACCUCCGAGAACUAUGGCACGGUCCGACGAUAUUUCGUCCAAACACUAGACGAUCACAUGCUGUCACCAGAUAUCCAGGAGAAGCUGGUGAGAGAGAACCCGCCUCAUGGGAUCUACAAGAUCAAAGGGAGCGAUCACUGCCCCUUCUUCUCAAAGCCACAGUCAUGGCAUAAAAUUUUGCUUGAAAUUGCACAGCUGCCGUAACUAACUAGUUCUGAGGUCGCCUUCCCUGUGUAAGUUAUUUUAGAGAAACUGGGUCGUCUCAAUAUCGUUAUAUUGUUUGCAAAUAUGCGCCACGUUAUGAUUUUUCCGAAGAUUCAAAGAUUAUUUGUGAUCAA